GACGCUGCCUCCUCAGGUGAAGACGCUGAUGGAGAUGGAGCCGCCGCCGCUACUGAGCGCCCGAGUCCCGGCUCUGGCCUGGCUACCGCCACCUCAGUGACCCCACUGCCCCCGCACUGGGCCAACCGGGCCAGAGUGGGGGACCCUGACCGCCCCGUACCCCGUCCUCCCCAACACGGUCCGCUCUUCCCCAGCCCCGAAACCCUGCGCGCGAAGAUGCCGCAGAUCUCUUUAAGAUGGACAUAGAAGAAUGCAAUGGCCACUCCUACUUGUCUGGAAUCCACGCUUCCUGGAAGGUGAGUGGCUGGGCUCACCCCUGCCUGCCACCGAGACGCAGACAUGCAUACACCACCCGCACUCCCUCGCCGUUUCCAAGGCGGCGGCCGCGUUCGCACCCCAGGGUCUCACCGGCAAGGGAAGGAUAAUCUGGAGAGGGAUCCCUCAGGAGGGUGUGUUCCGGAUUUCUUGCCUCAGGCCCAAGACUCCAACCAUUUUAUAAUGGAAUCUUUAUUUUGUGAAAGUAGCGGGGACUCAUCUCUGGAGAAGGAGUUCCUCGGGGCCCCAGUGGGGCCCUCAGUGAGCACCCCCAACAGCCAGCACUCUUCUCCCAGCCGCUCCCUCAGUGCCAACUCCAUCAAGGUGGAGAUGUACAGCGAUGAGGAGUCGAGCAGACUGCUGGGGCCAGAUGAGCGGCUCCUGGAAAAAGACGACAGUGUGAUUGUGGAAGAUUCGUUGUCAGAGCCCCUGGGCUACUGUGAUGGGAGUGGGCCAGAGCCUCACUCCCCUGGUGGCAUCCGGCUGCCCAAUGGCAAGCUCAAGUGCGAUGUCUGCGGCAUGGUCUGUAUUGGGCCCAAUGUGCUUAUGGUGCACAAACGUAGCCACACGGGUGAGAGGCCCUUCCACUGCAACCAGUGCGGUGCCUCCUUCACCCAGAAGGGCAACCUGCUGCGCCACAUCAAGCUGCACUCUGGAGAGAAGCCCUUCAAGUGUCCCUUCUGCAACUACGCCUGCCGCCGGCGUGACGCCCUCACGGGCCACCUCCGCACACACUCAGUCUCCUCUCCCACAGUGGGCAAGCCCUACAAGUGCAACUACUGUGGCCGCAGUUACAAACAGCAGAGUACCCUGGAGGAGCACAAGGAGCGAUGCCACAACUACCUACAGAGUCUCAGCACUGAAGCCCAAGCGUUAGCUGGCCAGCCAGGUGAUGAGAUGCGUGACCUGGAGAUGGUGCCAGACUCCAUGCUGCACUCAGCAUCCGACCGGCCUACUUUCAUUGAUCGGCUGGCUAAUAGCCUCACCAAACGCAAACGUUCCACACCUCAGAAGUUUGUAGGUGAAAAGCAGAUGCGCUUCAGCCUCUCUGACCUCCCCUAUGAUGUGAACUCAGGCGGCUACGAGAAGGAUGUAGAGCUGGUGGCACACCAUGGCCUGGAGCCUGGCUUUGGAGGUUCCCUGGCCUUUGUGGGUGCAGAGCAUCUGCGUCCCCUCCGCCUUCCACCUACCAACUGCAUCUCAGAGCUCACACCUGUCAUCAGUUCUGUCUACACCCAGAUGCAGCCUCUCCCUGGCCGACUGGAGCUUCCAGGAUCCCGAGAAGCAGGUGAAGGACCUGAGGAUCUGGGGGAUGGAGGGCCCCUCCUCUAUCGUGCCCGAGGCUCCUUGACUGACCCAGGGGCCUCCCCCAGCAACGGCUGCCAGGACUCCACAGACACAGAGAGCAACCAUGAAGAUCGGGUUGGGGGGGUGGUGUCCCUCCCUCAGGGUCCCCCGCCCCAACCACCCCCCACCAUAGUGGUGGGCAGGCACAGUCCUGCCUAUGCCAAAGAGGACCCCAAGCCACAGGAGGGGUUACUGCGGGGCACCCCAGGCCCCUCCAAGGAAGUGCUCCGAGUGGUGGGCGAGGGCGGUGAGCCCGUGAAAGCCUUCAAAUGUGAACACUGCCGCAUCCUCUUUCUGGACCAUGUCAUGUUCACCAUCCACAUGGGCUGCCAUGGCUUCAGAGACCCUUUUGAGUGCAACAUCUGUGGCUACCACAGCCAAGACCGGUACGAGUUUUCUUCCCACAUUGUCCGGGGGGAGCAUAAGGUAGGCUAGCAACCUCUCCCCCUGCCCUUAUUCUGCCACUCUACUGCCCCCUACAGGUGUCUAGCUCUGUCCCCACCACACCCCAAGCAAUUUUUCCUAAUGGCCCACCCAAAGGUCAUCUGACCUCCCAUGUGACCCUGACCCUCCUCACCCUUUCUUCUCCUCUUCCCUCACCAACUUAGGUAUUAUGAUGAAACAUGCCUUUUAUUUCUCCUUUUUCUCUCACCCCAGCACACUGAGUUAUUUAUUAGUCACUUUUUCUUUUGCCUUUUUUUACUUAUAGCUGUCCCUUGCCUCUUCCCUCACAGUUCUCCUCUAGGCUUCUUUCUAUGCUAGGCCUAAUUUUUUUCCUCAUUGAUCUAGCAUCCUCUAACAGCCCCAGGGAUCAGAAGCUCCUCUCCACAGGAAGAGACUUAGUGCUUCUUGCUUUAAUUCUUGCCAUUUACUUUAUCCAGUUCUUCAGUUUUGAUGCUAAUACCUCCCAGUAGCCCCACCUCAGCUCUGUGGCAUUAUAUCUCCUCUCUGGGACCCCUCAACCUGGUACUAUCCAUACCUCUCGUGCCCUCUCACUUCAGGCAGCUUGCACUAUUCUUAAAUGAAGAAUUUCCUCAUUGGAAAUAGGAGGAGCUGAAGAAAUUCUCCCUAGGCACUGUGGGACUGAGGGCCUUCUUGAGCUCCCUAAAGCCUACCUUUAGGAUCUCCCUGUAGGAUGUGCUACAGCUCUUCCUUCU